CAUUUAAACAAAACGCUGCGGUGAUUGUGGGUUUUUAUUCUUCAAAACCGAUUUGUUUAUACUAACAAAAUGCGGGCUGGUUAUUUCUUUUUAUCUCCAAUGUUACCUCUCAUUGCUGCUGAUGUGUGGCAUAAUGGAAUAACUAACUCGGGAAUUUAGAGCACAUAUACAUAUUAUAUUGAAAGAAAUGACUCAUGAAAUUAUUGAGUACAAGACAAGUUAAAACCUGUAAAAAAAAAAAUGUUGUUCACUAUAUACGUAUACCUGUAAAAUCGAUUUGCAUUUGCGCACUGUCUCGGGAUAUUAAGCCGGUUGAUGUAUAGAAUUGGGGUAGUCUUUUUUCAUUAUUAUAACUGAAAGCCCAUUUCUUAAAAACAAAAACAAAAAAAAAUUACAUAAAUGUCAAAAAAGAAGAAGAAACAAUAUCAUAAUAUUCAAAGUCUUCAUAACAGUUUAAAUAAUAAUAAUAAUAAUAAUAAUAACAACAAUAAUAAUAAUAUACGUGCAACAAAGUUGAAUGCAAAAAUAAAUGAGGUGUCGAAGAAGAAAAAAAAGGUGAAGAAAGAAUUAAUAAACAAAACACUUUUAAUAUGGACUAUUCAAACAUCAAUAAUUGUUUACGUGAUACUGUUUGGACUGCUUCCUGUGAUAUUUCAUUAUUCAUAUACAAUUCAACGGAAAAUUCUCUUCUUAAAUUUUGUCCACUGGCCAUUGUCUAUUGACUUUUCAAAUCCAGAGGAUGUUGGAAUUCAAGGGGCUCGAAAUUUUUAUCUAACGACUGAUGAUGGCGUUAAAAUAGGCGCAUGGCAAGUUUUACCCAAGUCAUUAAUGAAUCAAAAUAUCAGUAAAGACGCCUAUGAAAAUGUUUUAAAAAAUGCAACUUUACCAGUAAUUUUAUAUAUGCACGGAAACAGUGGAAAUAGAGCGAGUAGUCACAGAGUCGAAUUGUACAAGUUAUUUCAAAAUUUGGAUUAUCAUCUUAUUUGCUAUGAUUAUCGAAGUUACGGUGAUAGUGAAAAUGCUGAUCUCUCAGAAAUGGGGGUAGUGACAGAUAGUAAAUUUGUUCUCGAAUGGAUAAUGAAAAUUGUAAAUGGUUCAGCGCCAGUUUUUGUAUGGGGACAUUCUUUGGGAACAGGCGUGUCAACUCAUGCUCUUGCAUUAUUAUCAAAUGACGAAAAUCAACCAGCGGGACUUUUUUUGGAAUCACCUUUUAAUAAUAUUGCGUCAGAAAUCAGUGAACAUCCUUUAGCGCAGAUAUUUAAACAUCUACCAUGGUUUCAAUGGGUUAUUGUGCAGCCAUUUUACGAUAAUCAUUUACGUUUUCAAUCGGAUUUACAUAUAACAAAAGUAAAAUGCCCAAUUAUGAUUUUACACGCCGAAGAUGAUAAUGUCGUUCCAUUUUCUUUAGGAGAAAAGCUUUUUGAAUCUGCUAUAAAAUAUCAUGGAAACACACAACAAGUACAGAUGGUGCGUAUAAACGCUACACUUGGACUUGGACAUAAAUAUAUAUGUCGAUAUUCGGAAUUGCCAGAAAUAAUAGAGAAAUUUGUGUCUUGGGUUAGCAAAAAUUAGGAAAAUUUCUAGUAGAAUAAUUUUAUUAACUCUCUUUCUCUUUUCUCUGAAGAGAAUUUUUAAUCGCAAAAGAACUGAAUUUUAAAUUAAACGAACAAAAAAAACAAGACACAUAUUUGUCUUGUUUUAAUUAUUAGUUUUUAAAAGGCUAUUUUUGUACUUUAAGAAUUUUUUUUAUGUUCGUGAUAUUAUUUUCUAAAUUUAGGAAAAAUACAUAAAAACAAAAUGAUUUUUAACUAUUUAUUUCAUAAUAGAUUAAUCUUAAAAUGCAUUUUAUAAGUAUCUAACACAAUACACUAAUAAAGUAACAAUUUAUUUAAUAAAAAAUGAUGAAGGAAA